AUGGCAUCCUUAACUAGCUCUUCCGCAACAGCAGAUCCUCCAUCCCAGACUCCAAAAGAAAAGACUUUCCGCAACUACGACACGUCCUCGGCCGCCGCGUACGCGCGGUACCGAGAACCAUAUCCGGACCGUCUAAUCGACAUCAUCGUCGACAAACAUGUCUCCACGGGCGGAAAGCUGGACGUCCUGUUGGAUGUUGGAUGUGGACCCGGAACAGCCACGCGGUCCCUUGCUCCCCGGUUCAAGCACGCAUUGGGUGCGGACCCAGGUCAAAGCAUGAUCGAAGUGGCGCGCAAGGGCACGGCCAAUGUCAACACCAAGUCCGGCGAACCGAUCAGAUUUGAGGUGUGCGAGGCCGAAAAGUUGAGUCAGUUGGCGCCUGUUUUGCGGGAGGUGACAGGUCAAGAUGGCCCGUCCGUCGAUCUCAUCACCGCGGCCACGGCGGCACAUUGGUUCGAUCUGCCCAAGUUCUAUGCCGAAGCAGCAAAAAUUCUCAAGCCUGGAGGGAGUAUUAUCUUCUGGUGCACAAAGGGCGGCUACUGUAACCCGGACACGCCGAAUGUGGAGAAACUACAUAAGUUGUUUGCAGAGUUUGAAGACGAGGUCCUCAGAGACUUUGAGGAGCCGGGGAACAGAUUGACGAGGCAACUGUAUGUUGGGCUGAAGUUGCCGUGGGAUGAUGUGGAGGAUGGCCAAGGAGGAGAUGGUAAAGGAAAAGGAAACGGAAACCUGGGACGAGUCUUUCCAAAGGACGAGUUUCAACGUCUCGAAUUCAAUAAGGACGGCCAUGUCCCGCCGGGCGAGAAGUUCCUUGUGGGCCGACGACUCACUUUCGAUCAGAUCAAGAUGGGCUUGGGGACAGUUAGUCCCGUCACGCGCUGGCGGGAGGCGCAUAAGGAUAAGCUUGCCGCGGGGGAAAUUGAGGACUGUGUUGAUCAAUUGGUCAGGCGUACAAAGGAGAUCAUGGAAGAGGUGCCGGAGGGGAAGGGGAGAGAUUGGGCUGAAGGUGGUAGUGCCGUGGUGAUCUUGGUGAUUAAGAAGAGGAAGGAUGCGUGA